UGUCUCAGAAGCAAGUAACGGUGUAUUCCGUGUAUAUACUUAUUAUAAUUAAAAGAGUAUUUAAAGGUCUGUCUAAAAAGUAAUUAAAAUUCAUCAAGAAUGCGUGCCUACAGCUGUUUAGUAAUCCUUGCCGUCGUGAGCUUGCCAGCUCAGCUAUUGGUCAGCGCCGAAUCUUCCGAGGCGGAUAACAUGCCUGCGGCUCAGCCAGCUACUUCUACGCCCAUAUGCGAGGAAACCGUCUGUCCGCGCCUAUAUAUGCCAGUUUGUGGGUUGGUUGAUGGUGAACCAAUGACAGCGCCCUCACGCUGUGUUCUCAACAAUAAAAUCAGAUGCUCCGCGAUCUUGCAACGGACCUUAGGCAACAAAAUUCCUACAGUAAGCUUCCUACAUAGCGGACCUUGUUCACCGAAAGCAUAUAAAAGCAUUAGAAUGCGUCAGAGUAGAGAUAUGGACUUAGAAAACAUCGAAGAUGACGCAGGUAAAGAAGAGAUUGACGCAACUCAAGCAGACUUGGUUGAUAAGGAAGCACUAGCUGACGAUGCUGAGGCAGAUAUGGACGCAGGAAUGAAGAGAUUGUCGCAGGUGGAGAAGAGUCCGAUGCAGCUAAAAAAGAGAUUGAUGCAAUUCAAGCAGACUUGGUUAAUAAGGAAGCACUAGCUGACGAUGCUGAGGCAGAUAUAGAUCAUGCAAAAGAACUGAACGAUGAGGAAUAAUAAGAGGAACUAAAUGCUGUCCUUUGUUUUGCCAUAAAUUCUGUUAUGUUUGUGUGUUGUGCUUAGAAAUAGUCCAAUAAAAAGUUCCUGCUAAGAAAGUAAA